GAGAGAGAGAGAGUGUGUGUGUGUGUGGGAGAGAGAGAGAGAGAGAGAAUUCACAGGUCCUACACGGACAAGCUCUUUCUUUUUUCCUUUUCUUCCCUGGAAAAUGUUAAAGUAAAGUUUCUCCAAAUGCGCGUUGGCACUUUUUGCGCGUCUGUCGGCGGCCUGAAGUUGAAAUGUUCUCCGAAAAAUCAUUGUAUGGACUGUUUUUGGUGUGUGUAACAAUUUACCCGCUUACAGUCGCAGAGAAACCCGAGGAUGGUUGUGGCCAGUCGGAUCUGGGUCCACAGAGUGGUCUCCUGUCCUCGAAGAACUAUCUGGACGAGUUCCCCAACAACUCGGUGUGCGAGCGGAAGCUGCGCGUCCAUAGCAGCCUCAGCAUUGUGCUGACGUUUGAAGACGUCUCCAUCGACGGUGUGGAUUGCGAGACCGAUUAUUUGAAGGUUUUGAAGGAGAAAGAUGGGACGCCUUUUGUGUACUGGCAGUACUGUGGAGAGCCGAACGCUCACCCCAUGCCGACCAGCCAGAUGCUUUACACCGACACCAGUGAGCUCACAGUGAGCUUCCGCUCCAGCCGUCGCUCCUCAGGCUUCCAGCUUUCCUACAGCACCUUGAACCGCACAGAGCUGCUGACGUGCACAAACAAAGGCAGCCACUUCUCCCUUCCACACUACAGGAAGUUCUGUCCGGCCGGAUGUGGAGCAGCGGCAGGUGAUGUGCAGGGAGACGUUUCUCAGGGCUACAGACACACAUCGGUUCUGUGUAAAGCUGCAGUCCACGCAGGAAUCUUUUCAGACCAGUUCGGGGGAGCGAUUACAGUGGAGCAGGAGCGUGGCCUUCGCUACUACGAGUCAGUCCAAGCCAAUGGCAUCAAGUCCAAAACCGGCUCUUUGUCUGAAACACUCUUCACAUUCAUCACCAAAGAUUGUUACAGACAGAUGGUACUUAAACCCGUAUCUGUUACCUCCUCGUGGGAGAAGGAUGGAAACGGCAGAACUCUGAGCGACUGGUCUCCGGGCCUCGGCCGCUCCGUCUCACCGACAGGAAUCUGGGGCAACGAGUCUGACAAUAAACGCUGGCUCCAGAUCGACCUGGGAGAGAAGAAGAGGAUCACAGGAAUUUUAACUAAAGCUUCAGAUUCUGGUGAAUUUGUAAAAAGCUACAAGAUCGUGUACAAGGAGAAGAGCCGCUGGCGCACGUACACACGGUACAACAGCUCCGAAGAUACGAUAUUCGAAGGGAACAUGGACAACCUUUACCAGGCACGCAAUACGUUUCGCCCGGCAUUUAACGCACGUUACAUCCGUGUCGUCCCUCAGGAGUGGGAGCAGAAGAUCGGCCUGAGCGCGGAGCUCUUGGGCUGCUCAUAUGUCAGAGAUCCUCCAGUGUUCAAUGUGACGUCUCCGGUCACACGGGAGGUUUUGUCCAGCCAACCCAAACCGGACAAAAUCCCAGAGCACCUGCCUCAGUCGGAUCUAGUGAAGAUGAUCGUCAUUGUGGUGGCAGCCGUCGGGUGUGUGAUCGUGUUACUGGUGUCUGGGAUUUGCGCCUUUAAAGUGAUGCAGAAGAAGAAGAGCAAAGAGAACAUGUACGACUCUGCGGAUCUUCCAGAGACGGGUUGCUGGAAGCAGGUGAAACAUCCGUCUGCCAGGCAGCAGUCCACUGAGUUCACCUUCAGCUUCAGCUCAGAGAAAGACCUCAUGCCCAAAAUGGACCUGGUCACCAGUGACAUGGCAGACUACCAGCAGCCGCUGAUGCUUGGCGUGGGAACGGUGUCCAGGAAAGGCUCUACCUUUAGGCCCAUCGACACAGACAGUUCCAAGGACAAUACCAACGAGGGCACUUCCCAUUACGACUACCUGCAUACGGCCAAUCAGUACGCUCUCCCACUGACCAAUCAGGAGCCAGAGUACGCCACACCCAUCAUUGAGCGCCACACCUUCCGAAAGGACGCCUUCGUUCCGGAUCCCAGCUACAGCGUCCCCGGGGUCGUCCUCAGCAAGAGUUCCUCAUUUAAAUGCACGGACAACAGCAAAUACAGAAAGGUGGUAGGUGGAAACAUAUCCGGCGGCUACCAGACACCCCAGACCAAACGGGGCGGACCAAACCACUCAGAGGGGGUCAAAGCAGGCAGAUUGAACCACUCUGAGGAAGUUUACGACAGCCCUAAAGGCAGGAAUCCUGCAGUUCUGCAGAACGGAGGCUGUGUAGAAUAUCAGAGACCACAGGCAAAGGGUUACUCGUCACCUCGAGACUAUGUUCGGCUCAACGGCUCCAUCACACAACGACCGGACCCUGAGGGCUCCAGCCUGGGUGGAACCUGAACACUCAUGACCAUACAGACCUCCAGGACCUUCUCAUAACUUAUUUUUUCACGGAUUUGUUUUAUAUAUAAACAUUCUUAGAAAGAUGGCCGACCGAGUGGGCGUGAGGAAUCGUCCAUGCUGUUUUUUUUUUUGUUUUUGUUUUUUAAACUGCUGUGCAAAUAGGAUAUAUUUUGUCUUAAGAGUUUUAUUGGUUUUAUUAUUAUUAUUAUUAUUUUAAAGCAACAGGGUUUGUUGAUACCCCCCAUUCUCUCAGCGAUGUGAAAAUGUGUUUAACAUACAAAAGGCAUUUUGAACUUUUGUGUUGCUUUACAAGGAGUUUUUGUUUUUGUCCGUUUGAAUCGUCGGACUGCUCCCAACAGGACGGGUCUCUUCUCACAGUUUACUGACUAACUUCCUAUUUAAAGGAGACACUUCCUCUGUUCCUCUGAGCCAUGUGCAGUGGUACUGUUGUGUCUGUGUAAAAUUCUAUCGUGUGUACAUGUUCCCUGUACAGAUUUGAAAUGUAUAUGGUGGAAGUAGGAUUGAACGACAACAGGCGUGGCUUAUUUAAAGCACCCACAUAGCUGCUGCUUGCGUGCAUUAAUGCUGCUGCAUUAAAAAGUCACGGACAUGUG